GCGCUCAGUUGGGCUGUGCUUCAGCGCUGCUUACAAAUAUUGCGUUACCAUGUCCUAUCCCACUUUUAAUGUAGGUCGUAAACGUAGUCGACCUGAAGAUUGGAGUGAAGCUGGUCCUUCGCCAGUUAUCCAUAUUCGUGGACUACCAAGAAAUAGCGUUGAAUAUGAUAUUGUUAAGUCAUUCGAGUCAUAUGGGCGCAUACGGGAUGUAACAAUGAUUCCCCAGAAAAACCAGGCUUUAGUAGAAUUUGAAGACCAGGCAUCUGCGGAAGGACUGAUCAAUACAAAGAGUGAAAUGCGAGUUCUUAAUAGCUUGGUUCAAGUGGCUUUCAGUACUUCAAAACACAUAGUUCAGCGUGCUGCAAACAGAGCUCCACCAGAUGAAAAAAACUCACUUUCUUCAGAUAAUCAUAUCCUUCUGUUCACAAUUUUUAAUGCCGAACGUCCUGUAACUGUCGAAACAAUUCAUCGCAUAACAUCCUGUCAUGGUCGUGUUCUUCGGAUAGUAAUCUUUCGCAAAUCUCAGGUGCAAGCUAUGGUGGAAUUCGCAAGCGUACAAGAGGCACGCAAUGCAAAACUUCAUUUGAAUGGUGCAGAUAUAUAUCCAGGGUGUUGUACAUUAAAGGUAGACUAUGCUCGCCCGACCAGACUAUCAAUAUCCAGAAACGACCAAGACAACUGGGAUUUCGAAAUUUGUGCAUCACAGGCAAACUACUUUCAGCAAGAUCCUCAGUAUCAGAACUCUCUUCUAGGUUUCUCGGAUGUACCGUACAAUAGUUAUGAUGGCUAUGGGCAGCCAUCAUUUGAAAAUCAAAAUGAUUAUAUGCAACCUUAUAUUUCGCCAUACAGAGAACCAUCUAUCCUAUCGCAUAACAUGUCCUAUGCGGCUGAAGAUAAUAGAAAUCGAAAUCUUAAUUGUACUCGAGUUGUUAUGCUGUACAACAUUGACACGCAGAAAAUGAACUGUGAUCGUGUAUUCAAUCUUUUAUGUCUUUAUGGCAACGUUAACCGCGUUAAAUUUCUCCGUAGUAAAGAAGGUUCAGCCAUGGUUGAAAUGGCUGAUACUGAUGCUGCUCUCUGCGUUAUCAGAAACUUUUCAGGCGUUUCCUUUAUGGGUAACCAACUGAUGGUACGGACUAGUAAACAAGACGUUAUUUUGGAUGUUUCUAGUCCAUUUCAGUUGCUCGAUGGUUCCCCAUCUUUUAAAGAUUAUAGUAAGGAUCGAAAUAACAGAUAUACUACACCUACUAUGGCUAAAAAGAAUCGCAUUCAUCCACCUUCACGUACUUUGCAUUACUGGAAUGCCCCACCUAAAAUAACUGUUGAUGAUAUAUUAGAGUUUCUGCAAAAAUGCGGAGCUGCGAAACCUCAACAUGUUGAACAAUUCUCAAAAGUUCCGGAUAAACCAUCAUCUGGUACUAUUAAAUGGGCCACCGAUGCAGAAGCAUGUGAGGCCCUGGCCUACUGUAAUCAUCUGGCACUAAAAGAUGACGAAUCUACACAUCCGUAUACUAUUAAACUAUCAUUUGCGAAUCCCAAUUUAUCUUCUGAACCAAUCCAUGUGGGAAGUCAUUCAAAUGGCAGUGAGAAUGGAGGUGAUCAUAUAGAUUCAUCUUAAAAUCAUUCCACAUGCAUCAAUGCUUUCAUCUCAGUGAUCAUUAUCAUCACAGUUAAUACAAUUGAACAUGCCAUCAUCAUCAUCAGUCAGCACGGCAACUUGCACAGGAUCUGUGAAAUAUUAUUCCAAUUAUGCAAAUAUGUAGUACUGACUACUUUGUUUUUUAAAAAUGUGUUUCUGUCUUAUAAUAUCUUUGUUCACCUUUAUUUUUUCUCUUUCUUUCCUCUAACGCAAAUUAUUAUAUACUUAUGAAGUAUAAAUGAUUUCAUUUGUCUUGUUUUUUUUUUCAAAUGAUAAUAUCUUUACUGUUUUCUUUUUGUCAAAUAUAAUAAAUAGUAUUGCUUCAAUUCCAUUUUUCUAUUACACUCACGCACGCACGCACUCCCACACACACACACAUGCACAAACACACUGUCACUGAGUAUGGAGCAUUUUUCUAUGUCUAUGUGCACAUCAUGGCAUGGCAUGAAAACUAGAUUUUCUCAUACUGUGCUUAACGAGUAGUUCACUAGACAGUGACUCUGUCUUCUCCACUGACUGACUGAUUGCUCUUGUUGCAGUUUUCCCACUAGGCACAUAAAGCCAUAUUAUCGCAGUCAACUGAUACGUACAUACGAGAAAAAAAAUUAAAAUGAUUUCUUUGGUUACAGGAUUUCAUCAUGAGAUGACAUUGGUUAGAGAACCACUGUCUGUCUGUCUGUCUGUUUUCGACAUAGAACUUUGCACAAA